GCAUACCAGAGAAACCGCUCACUGGUUUGGUAGAGUCAUUGGAUUUUUUUAGUUUAAUUUUCAACUCUAGGUAAACAUCACUGGUAACCUGUCAUGAAGUUGGUAAAUGUGUGCUUGCUGGUGGUGCUUGGCAUUUGCAGUUACUCUGCUAAGGCUUUCCUCAUCAAUAGUGUACCAAUUCCUGUUAAAGAUGCCUUACCUUUACCUGUGGACAACCUUAUCCCCUUUUUGGAUCCAUUGAAAAAUUUUCUGACAACUUUGGGCAUUUCUGUUGAGCACCUUGUGGAAGGGCUGAGGAAAUGUGUGGAUGAGUUGGGACCUGAGGCCUCUGAAUCCGUGAAAAAACUGCUGCGGGCCCUGUCUCAUUUGGUGUGACAGCAGGAUAAAGAGAAAGUGGAGGUGGAAGGAGGAUGAUUCUCCUUUCUCCCUGGCUGAGACUCAUUCUAACCAAUUACAAACCAACCAUCCUAAAUUGUAGUGAUUGAUGCG